AAAUCAUAACUACUCUCAAUGAUCUCUCUAUAGUAAGUAGAUCAGCUUGUUAUGCCUUUAUUUUAUAGCAUUUCUUAAUUAUCACACUCCUAUAUAAAUCUAGAAACAGAAAAUGAUUACCCCAAGUUGGAAUCCCUUCAUCUUUUCUUCUCUUUUUGGAAUUCUCAUUCUCUCCAUUCCUUGUUUCUCAGAGAAAGCCCCACAUUACACGUUUGCCAGGGACGCUACAUCAUCUCCAAAGGUAGUUUUCUUCGAUUACAUCAUAAUAGGAGGAGGAACUUCUGGCUGUGCAUUAGCGGCAACACUCUCACAAUCUUCCAAUGUUCUGUUAUUAGAAAGAGGUGGCUUGCCAUAUGGAAACCCCAAUAUUACAAACAUUACUGGUUUUGCCAGCAAUUUAGCUAACACUUCUCCAUCAUCGCCCGCGCAACUUUUCAUCUCCACGGACGGUGUAUUCAACCACCGCGCUCGCGUCCUAGGUGGAGGCUCGGCUAUUAAUGCCGGGUUCUAUACGAGGGCGAGCAAGGCGUAUGUUAGGAGAGUAGGAUGGGAUGAGAAGUUAGUGAAUGAAUCGUACGAAUGGGUGGAAAAGAAAGUGGCGUUUCAGCCUCAAAUAAAGCAGUGGCAAUCGGCAGUGAGGAAUGGUUUGUUGGAAGUAGGAGUGGAACCGAAUAAUGGUUUUACGUUUGAACAUUUGUAUGGUACUAAAAUUGGUGGAAGCAUAUUUGAUUCACAAGGGCAUAGGCAUACUGCUGCUGAUUUGUUGGAGUAUGCUGAUCCUACAAAAAUUAGUGUUCUUUUGUAUGCCACUGUGGAACAAAUCAUGUUCAAACCAGGAGCUGGAGGAAGGAAGCCAAGAGCUAAUGGAGUUCGUUUUCAAGAUUCAAAAGGUAAUAGCCACUUGGCCUACUUGAAGGAGGGAUCUAUGAAUGAGGUCAUCUUGUCAGCUGGAGCAUUGGGAAGUCCACAAAUGUUGAUGUUGAGUGGUAUUGGGCCAGCAGAACAACUGAAGGUCCAUGGGAUCUAUGUGUUAUUGGAUCAACCCAUGGUUGGUAUGGGUAUGUCUGAUAACCCAACGAAUGCUGUACUUGUUCCUUCUCCUAAACCUGUGGAAGUUUCCCUCAUUCAAGUGGUUGGUAUUACUGAGUUCGAAAGUUACGUUGAAGCUGCCAGUGGGUCUUUAGAGUUGGAUUGGUUGCGUAGAAUCGGUCAUGACUUUGAAAGGAUAGCUAAUCAGAGUAUGGACCCAUCUGUGAUCAACCCACAACUUCUACAGUCGCCAAUACAAGCAGGUAUCAUCCUAGAAAAAAUUGCAGGACCAUACUCAACAGGUUUUCUUCAACUUAAAAACAAAGACCCAAGUGAAAAUCCAGAAGUAACUUUCAACUACUUCAAAGAUCCCAGAGACUUACAAAGAUGUGUGCAAGGUAUGAGAACAAUAGCAGAGGUCAUAGAAUCAGCGUCUUUCUUCAAUUUCAAAUACCCUUUUGCAACAGCACAAACCUUAAUGAAUACAAUGUUAACUUUGCCACUCAAUUUGAGACCAAGACAUUUGAGUGCCUCUGUUUCUUUAGAACAAUUCUGUAUUGACACAGUAAUCACCAUAUGGCAUUACCAUGGAGGUUGUCAAGUUGGGAAAGUGGUUGAUAGAGAUUUCAGAGUUUUUGGGGUUGAUGGAUUGAGAGUUAUUGAUGGAUCUACACUUAUUGACUCCCCUGGCACUAAUCCUCAAGCCACUGUAAUGAUGCUUGGAAGGUACAUGGGGCAGAAGAUUUUGAGGGAGAGGCUUGCUGGUGCAAAGAACUAGAAGAUGUGCUUUAAUUUGGGGAAUAAAAUGUUGGAUUUAUCAAUUUGUGUGUGUGUGUUUUCUUUAAUUGAAUUUGGGCACCUUUAAUAAAAA